CUAACACGGAAGUCAGUUCUCUGGCUGAAAGUAAUAGGAUACAGGAGGUAUCGCAAACAAACUUUUCCGUCAAAUUAGGUGGAGAAAAGUCGACGGGCCUGCGCCGAGCCGUCGCCCCGAGCGUUUCCGCCGUGUUGCGGAUCCGUCUGUGAUCUUUGUGGCCCAAAUUAAACCACCUGUGUGCGGCGUGCUGGUCAUGGCCACUGAGAGGACGAGCAGCGAGUGAGCUCUGGUUACAUUCGCCAAGCUUGGUAGAUUUACAAGGUGAGAGUGGCAUGCCAGUCCCAGCCAUGGCACAGCCUGCAGUUGAUCACCAGAAGCGCUUUCAGGCUGCUGUGGAUGUCAUCCAUAACCUCCCUAAAAUGGCUCGUACCGGCCCUCUUACGAGGUGAUGCUGCGCUUCUACAGCCUGUACAAGCAGGCUGUGUGUGGACCCUGCACAAUGUCUCGACCCGGCUUCUGGGACCCCGUGGGACGCUACAAAUGGGAUGCGUGGAGCCGCCUGGGAGAGAUGAGCAGUGAGAGCGCCAUGGCUGCAUAUGUGGAUGAGAUGAAGAAAGUAGCACAGGAGGUCAUCGACACCAUGCCCAUGAACGAGAAGACCGCCUCGCUGUUCCACCACUUUGAGCCUCUCUACUUGGUGAUUGAUGAUAUGCCACGGCCGCCAGAGGUGCUGCUCCGGCUGAGAGAUGCUACUGGCAGUGAGCGGGCUGAGAGCGUGUCGGAUGUGAAGGAGGAGGAGGAAAAUGCUAAAGAAGAGUCUUCCUCUGCAGAGCGUCCAGCUCUACAGUCCAGCUCUGAGCCCGUGGACUCCAAUGCCAACACAAUCCUGCAGGACUCUGGUGUGUCCGAGGGCUUGGUGUUGACCAGCGACUCGGAGAGCGAGAUCUUCUGCGACUCUGUGGAUUCAGUGGAGCAGCUUAGCAGCAUCAAGGUCGAAGUUGUCAAGCCCAACGGUCUUCAGAACGGCCACGUGCACUUGGAGGCAUCUCUGCUUGAGUCCGGUCCGCUGGAAAGCGGCCCGGAGGCGAGGCAGUUUGGGGCGGGUCGAGGUGGAGAAGGGGCGGAGGAUGGGAAGGAUCAGGGACCCGUCAGGAGGAGUCGGGACGCUGGACGGGAAGGCUCAUACCACAACUGGAGAGAACGUGGAGUUCCUCAGGGCAGUCCGAGGCGGCCGAGUCGAGGGGCCUCCGUCGCAGGUGGCGGGGCCGGACGUGGGGGAGGGGACGGCUCUGAGGGCGGGGCAGACAGGCUUCAGGACGCCCAGCUGCAGCAGCAGAUCGUCCUGGCCCUUCGGAGGCUGCGAGAGGACAUGAGGAGUGUGAUGGACAGGCUGGAGGUGGUGGAGAGGCUCGCCGCCACGCAUGCCCAGAGUGCAGACUGGAGACCAUGCCUGCAGUGCGCUGCCACCGCCUCAGGACAGCAGGAGGAGAGAUGGUGGCCGUUUGAUGUGUCUGGUCAGACGCUGCUCCUGCUGCUCUUAUGGCCGUUUGUUGCUCAGGGCCUGGUCUUCCUGCUGAAGAAAGCCCAGAGGAGAAAUCACAUCUCCUCAUGAGGCUGACUGACGAAGACACUCAACAAUCCGUCUGUAGGAAUCCAUCAGUGAAAGAAGUUUAAUAUCUACUGAAGAAAGGAUUAAUCCCAGCAUGAAUUCUUGAGAAGGGUUUCCUCUUUGGGAGAAAGACCAUCUCUGAUUCUGUAUGCACAACAAAGGGGGAGAGGAUUUAGUGGACUUGUUAUGAAUUAUCCGUCUUCUUGGAGAGAAAUGUAUUUGGUUCUGUUGUUCAGCUCAGGUUCCUCAAACGAUUUGUCUCUCUUACUAAUAAGCAUUAAUCUUGGUUUAAAUUAUUGAUUUGGCGCCUGACUCCCACUUUUUUGGGAGCUAACUACUUCAGCUAUCCCAUUAUAUCUUUAUCAAACCCAAAUAAGUGCUUACACUUAUUAUGGAAAACUUGACUGAGAUAUUAUCAGAAUACAUCAUUAUUAUCCAGUCAGUGAGGCAUAAAUACACCUUGUCCUGUUUCCUGUUGGUUUUUGUUAUCUGCGUAAGUUCAGUUUGCCUGGUAAUAUACAGGAUAUAAACAUGCAAAUAAACACAAAAUAAACAGUGUCAUUAAUGUAAUGCAAAUGUCAGACAGCAUAAUGCAACAAAAAACCUGCUCUUCAUCUCGAGGUUUGUCUCUGUUCACAUCUGAGAGGAGGUGAGUCUUCUCAUUCAGUCAAGCAGUGAAUUCAGUCACAAGGCCACCGUCUAAAAUCUGUGUUAAUUGCAGUAUAGACCAAAACUGUGAAAGUCAUUGGUUCUGAGUGGACAUCUUUCUUAUGCUACGUUGUGCUGGAUUGCUGUGAGUACUGAGGUGCAGUUCUGUUUUGGCUGCUGCUCCACUUGUCAUUUCAGCAUCAUCUUUGAGAUGACUGUCUAAGAAUGUCUGCCGUCAUCUCCUGUGACUUUAAUUUAAAUCUGUGACUGUGUUACUGCAAAUUCAGCUCAUCGCGAUCUUCCGUAUCUGGGUUUGUAGCUCUAGUGGAAAUGUAAGCAACAUCUGAUUUUGUUGAUCCAGAGCUGUUCCUGCGCCCUGCUGUGAUUGGGUUGUAAGAUUCAUUCAAAUUACAAGUGUGACGACAGUGGUUGGAACUGUUUUCUCAACUGUUGGUGUACGAUCAACCAUGUAUGAUAAUGGAGCUUACAUUAAAAAGAUAUAUUGAAUAGAA